AUGUGCGUACACAUCGAAAACAAGUUACAAUUGAGUAAAGACGAUAACGAUGCGAACAUGUACAGUACCGUAAUGACAGCACGUACGAUUGCCAUAGAUAUGGUAAUAUCCCACAAUUUUUUUCUCACAUCAGUCCCCAAGCUCUUUCCACAGUUUUUACAACGGACACACUUGGUAAUCUCUACGAACUCUACUGUAGACGAUGCUUUAGCCAUGGAUCUGUAUGUGGUGAAGCGAGUGUGUAGAGCUGUACUAUUGACAAGCACUCAAUCCAUACACGGAUUCUGGAUUGGUUUUUUCGCUGAACCGAAUAUUGUCUACUAUUUGAAGCCAAAACAAUCAAAUCAAAAGCAUUUGUACCUUAUUAGUGACUUGACUAUAUCCAGAAAGGUAAGGUAG